UUUGUGACGAGCACCACGAGCACCCAGUGACCUCCAGUAGCAGCGCCGCGCCAACAUCAUGUCGACAAGCACUAUGAGCGCCGGUCACCGCGCCUCACCCACCACCGCCAGAGCGACCGCCUGUCGAAAGCGCCGUCGAAGCUGCUCUCCUACUCCCACUCUCACCCCACCGCUGUCCCCGGCAAUCCUCAAAUCUGGCCACCAGGACAGCUCGCGACCGCUUAAGCGUAUGCGCGCACGAGCUGAUUACCCAAGCGAGAUCUUUGUCGACACUCCUGCCGCCACACCCUCUGUCCACACUGCCACGGCUACCACACUACCAACCAGGACAGACGCUUCACCACUCACUCCACCACCGCUUUCCCGUUCGCCUCCUCCUCCUCCGCCUCUUUCUAGCGGCAGUCUCGAGCACGCAGCUUUUGCUGCAAACAAUCCCAACUUCGGCGAACUCGUUAUGGACGCCUACAUUGCCAACAUGCGCCGACACAAGCAGCAGGACGCCGCCUUCGCGCGCAUUCAACAUUCUUGUCGUGUGACAAAAUACGGCGCCGAGCUAGCCAAAGCCUAUACUCCGGGUUCGACGCCGCCGUCCGCGCGAGAGAAAUAUCGAGAAUGGAUGAUGGAGGAGAGAUACACAGGCUCAUUUACCCCUUCUCGGCGUCUGGACCAUGUCCAAUCAUCCGACGACGACAACGGCGCUCAAACGCCUGCGUCGGAUGUUGUUGACUCGCCGCCCGCACAUGUAGUGGAAGAUGAAGAGGAAGGACAUAGGGAGGAGCAAUCGCACACGCUCGCUGCCAAAUCUGUCUGUGCGAGCGCCCGCAGGAAUUGCAACAGCAAAAGCGACCUGGACGCUUUGUCGCGGUGCAGCGGUAGUGGAAAGCUGACAUUGGAUGUCGACAAAGAGGUGCAUUAGGGAGGGAUAGGUAUGAGGAGAGGAUUGUUGCCAAGCGUACAUGAAUUUGACAGGCUGGUUGAGUUGUUGCUUGCUCUUCCCGUUUGCUGCUGCUGGGGCUGGUUCUGUGUGAAGAAGCUGCGGGUAUCACUUCGGCUGCCGGCCGCAUAUCUCGUUACUGCUCUACGACUGUACCUGGAAUCCAAGUAGAACUGUACUGCUAUGCCUCACGUUGGCACGACGCAUAUGGCUGCGGUUGUAGACAGCCGCUAUCGAGCUGUGGAACAUUGCCUUGGCCGUCUGG